AAUCCCUGUAAUUACAGAGCUUCUAGUGAAAGCUUCGCCUAAACCGAAUCUUGAACUUCAGCCUUCUCGUUAGCCUUGUCAAGAAAUACAGCUAAUUGUUUGGCUUGCUAUUACACGGUCUCUAUUCUUAAUUUAACGAGAACCUCAAGCACAAACCAGUUAUAAGAGCUAUUAGCACUCUCUUAAACAUGGCAGGUCAACAGCCGCCGCGAACAGGUCUGUCCCUGUACGCCAAUCUUCUUGAGCCAGAAGGCGAUUCAACUGCUUCCAUAUCCCGCGGUCCAGUCGUGUCGCAAGAAGCACUUGACGCGGUAAAGGAGCAGGAAGCCUCUAAGAAGCCUAUCGAUUCCGCUCUGCGCUUCCAGCCGCACCCCCAGAUCCGGCGCCCACAGCAGAAGACCCAGAAGCCUAAAGCGAGUUUCCCGAAAGCGCCUCUUGCUCCGCCUACCGCCCUAGAUGUCGCGAGUCCUGGAACAGCUCAAGCCCCGUCAAAAAGCCGGCUAGCAGAUUGGGCGCCCACCGAGGAAGAUGAGUUCAUGUACGGAUUAGGGGAGAAGAGGGCGCGUGGCGGGCGGAGGAAGAAGAAGAAGAAGGAACGAGAGAUACCCAUCGAAACGGACUGGGAUGAGAUUUACGACCCCUCCAGGCCUACGAACGUAAUCGAAUACUUACGGAGCGAUGAGCGAAUUAGAGAGGUGCGAGAAUGGAAGGACUUGCUAUACAAGCACAGGCGACGCGACGACGAUAGCGAGAGGCGGGGAAGCUGGAGUAGCGAAGAGGAAGAUGCCAGGCCAAUACAGAAUCAAUUUGCGCCUCCUGAUUCCUACUCCUUCGCACCGCCACCACCUUCACCUCCACGAGCCUCAGUACCGGACGACAAGACCGGCGACGACGCUUACGCGCGCCGUCUAGCCUUGUCACAAGGAAAUGCCCCUCCACCGCCGCGCUCGCCAUCACCGCCCCCGCCACCUCCUCUACUAGCGGCUCCUCCCGAACCAGAAGCUCCAACCAUAUCACGUGCGCCAGUGCGCUACACGGAGUCAAAGCCAGCGUCCGAGUCCCGUGCGCCGCGCGACCCAGACGCCAUGGAUGAGGACGAGGACGAGUACGUGCCGCCGGAGCCCGAGGCCGAAGAAACGCGGAGCAGCCGGCCGGGCCAGAAAGGAUUCGCCGCGCGUCUCAUGGCCAAGUACGGUUGGUCGAAGGGGCAAGGUCUGGGCGCUGAAGCAAGCGGGAUACUACAGCCACUGCGCGUGCAGGUCGAAAAGCGGAAGAAGAAAUCAGACGCGGAAGGCGGCGGGUGGGCCGAGCCCGGCGGGAAGGGGCGUAUCAUCGGUUCCAAGACCGGCACGGGGACCCAGUCCGAGAGCAGUGGCGGCAAGUUUGGGUCUAUGAGCAAUGUCGUCGUGCUGCGGAACAUGCUCGAUGGCAUGGAGGAUUUGCAGGCCGAGAUGGAGUCCGGGCUAGGUCAGGAGAUCGGCGAGGAGUGCGGAGACAAGUAUGGCCGUGUUGAGAGGUUGUACAUUGAUGUCGAGGGCCGGCGGGUAUACAUCAAGUUUACGGACCAAGUUUCCGCUCUAAGGGCAGUAAAUGCGCUAGAUGGCCGCAUAUUCGCAGGCAACACGAUUGAACCUCAAUUUUACGAUGUCGAUAAGUUUGAGAGAAGAGUCUAUGAGUAGAUAGAACAAGUAUUGGAAUACGAGUGGCUACCUUAGAAACCGCCGGAAAAGGCGAUGGCUGACCCCGGAUCCGCUGUGAUAUCUAGUUAAUUUGGGUAGUCAUGAUAAAUACCUACCGACAUA